AGGUUUUGGAUAGAACAUGAAGGCAACACCCUAAACUGACGGAAGUGACGGCAGCGGUUGUCAAGGGACGUUUUAGUUUACGGAAGUUUUUUCAUCAAUUUACUGCAGCGCUCCUUGCCGACCGCCGCAGCAGCUGUUUGUGAUUAAAUUGUUAGGUUUUAUGGUUGUGCGUAACACUUUAAUACUAGCGUUUAUUUAUUUUAAAAGCUGCCUCCUUUUUCUACAAGAAACUCACUGUUUGCGUGUCGUGGACUUAACGGAGCUCUGUGUGAUGCUAGCUUCAUAUCAAACAUGGCACAAGUUCCUCCUCCUCCUCCACUGGGAUCAGUCAUAGUGGCUGACUGGCAUCGAUGUAAAGACAGCAAAGAAUAUUUCAGCAAAAUCCUUCAUAAGAAGAGACGCAAGACCUUCGGCCUCUUAGAGUCUCCGGUGAUGCCGCCACAUGCGGCUGUGGACACAGUUCAUUACAAGAUUUUCGUCUCUGGCAAAAGUGGAGUCGGGAAAACCGCUCUCACUGCGCGUCUGGCCGGUCUAAAUAUUCCCAACAUGCACCAUGAGACCACAGGUGUUGAGACAACUAUGGUGUAUUGGCCAGUGAAGCUGAAAGAAAGCGGACGAGUGCUUUUCUUCCGUCUGCAGUUGUGGGACUGUGGAGAGAACGCCUUACGUCGAUUUGACCAUUUACUUCCAUCGUGUAAGGAGCAGGUGGACGCCGUCCUUUUCCUGUUCUCCUUCACUGAUAGGACGUCCUUUGACGACCUUUCAAAUCAAAUUUCUAAAUGGACUGGACCCUCUGUUGGCCGUGUGGUGAAGAUGGUGGUCGGCACCAAAUUUGACCUGUUCAUGCACUGUGAUGUGGCUGAGAGAGACGUGAGGGACUUCCAGGAGACGUGGGGGUUACCGGUGCUGCGUACGGGUGGGGAAGUCAGUGACGGGCUGGGGGACGUGGCUCCCAUCCUCAACUGUCUCGCAGAAAACCUGUGGCAUCAGGACUGUGUUACGGCCAGAUCAGCCAGCCACCAUUUACAGCAGGAGACCGUUACUGUUCUCUAACAUUUGUGGGAAAAGCAGUGGUCAGUUGAACUCUAAGUAAUAACUGCAGGAAGAGGCUGCGGUUACUGAACUCAUGGUCAGUGGUUGAAUUUUAUUCUGACCUUAUUCUGACAUGUCCUCAUGACGUUGAUGAUGAGCAGGAGGUGAAAAAUGUUCGGUACUCAAAAAAACAAACAUUUUUCACCUCCUGUGAGCCUUUGGUGUGCAGCCUCCGGGUAUCAUGAUAGUAUCAAGUCAUUUCUAAUUAUAUGAAAUAUAAUCU